AUGGACGUCAAGAUUUACGACUCUUCCGAUGAAAUUGUACAGAAUGCACUCAAUCAUCAUAUGACAACUUUAUUGAAUAAACCAACGGAUGUUGAACUUGAAAUUACUGUAGAAAUGCUGGUUUAUUCAAUUCCAAAAAUCAGUAAUCUCGAAACCACUGUUUUGAAGGGCAAAAUAGUUGAAGCAGAUGUCGUUGAAAAAUUUCUUUCAAUAAACCCAAGUCAUAAAAAUGUGAGAGUUCACACAGAGAUUACUGGAUCACUUAAGAAAAACUCUCUUCUGUUCGGAAUUCAGUUCUUGCAUUUGUCAGAUGAAACGUUGCCAGUGAACAUAAUUCUGCCCUACUUUACGGGAGAACAUUUGACAAUCGCUACCCCGAAAUGUGAUAACUCUGCAAUUAUCGAGUUUCUCAAUAGUUGGAUUUCUUGUAAAAAGUAUCAAAAUAUAAGAACUGUCAUCAUCCUCUCGACGAACGGUUCUCCAAUGAACCCCACAGAAAUACUCGGGAAUUUUCGAACUUCACGGGGACCUUCGAGAAGACCAUAUGAGUAUAUGUAUCCGGUGAAGUGA